AUGGCAGCAACACUUGUAGUAGUUGACAGUGGUCUAGUUGAUAUACGAAAAAGAGUUGGUGAAAUAUGUCUAAAACAUCUUUUAAAGCCAACUUUAAAUACUCAGAGUUAUUGGGAAACAUUUAUAAAAAAUACAUUCAUAAAUGGUGGUGUUUUUAGACAUACUAUUAAUACUCCUUCAAAUAAUAUUGACCAACAACAACAACAACCUCAUCAACAUCAACAUCAACAACAACAAAAUCUUCAAUCUAAAACUUUUGGUAUGUAUCCUCUCUUAUUUUUUUUUAUAUUUUUUUUAUAUUUUUUUUUUUUCCUCACUAAAAAUUACACAUAUAAAGAAUUAUAUUCAUAUAGUUUAGCAAGAUAUUUUUACUAUAUAUUUGGAUCAUCAGGUAUAAAUGAUAUUUCAUUUUCAUUUUGUGAUUAUUCAAUUGAUAGGAUGGAUGCCAAUGUAUUUUUAUUUAAUUCAGAGAAAGCAAACAUUGUUAUUGUGUUUCAAUCAAAUUUACAGGUUAAAUUAGAAGGUAUUAUUAGAGUUGUAUUUUCAGAGGAAUUAAAAGUUAUUUCAUUUCAUUUCGAAUCACAAUCAUUUCAAGAGUUUAUAUCAAAGGAUUACCUUAAUCAAUUAUUUCAAUCAUUUUUUCAGCGUCAACAACCAUUUUUUAUUAAUGAUCAUAACCAAUCUUUAGAAAAUGAUAAAAACAAUAGUAGUAGUAGUAAUAUAGAUCAUUCAAUGGAUAAUAUAGAUUUAUCAGUUGAUAAUAGUGAUGCAAGCACUAGUGUUACUACUUUAAACAAUAAUAAUAGUAGUAUGAUCAGUAAUGAUAGUGACAUUAUAAUGGUGGAGCAGCAACAACAACAACAAGAACAACAACAACAAGAACAACAACAACAACAACAACAACAACAACAACAACAACAACAACAACAACAACAACAACAACAACAACAACAACAACAACAACAACAACAACAACAACAAGAAGUUAGUAUUACAAAGGAAUAUGAAUUAAGUGAAGUUGAAGAUGUAAAGAUUGAACAAACAGAUCAACAAAUUGAACCAAUAAAAUCCUCAAUAGAGGCGUUGGAAACAAAAGAGACAGCAAAAACAAAAGAGACAGCGGAAACAGCAGAAACAACAGAAACAACAGAAACAACAGAGACAGCAGAAACAAAAGAGACAGCAGGAACUACAGAAACAACUACAACCACCACAAUAACAGAAACAGCAGCAAUAGUAGUGGAGCAAACAGUAGAACCAAAUCAAGAAAUAACUGUAAAACAAGAAAAAGAAGAAGAGAUUCAACAAUCUAAUCAAUUGUCAUUAGAAGAUAGUGAUAAAAAUGAAAUUAAAAGCAACAAUAGUAAUAUUAAUAGAGAUGAUGACGAUGAUAUUAUAUUACCACAACAAGAAACACAAUCAUCAUCAUCAUUAGACAUCAACAAAACUGAUUUGGGUUUUGAUAAUAAUAAUAAUAAUAAUAAUAAAAAUAGUAAUAACAAUAAAAACAAUGAUAUCAUAGAAAGCACUAUUCAGACAAGUAGUAUACCUGAUAUUAAUAGUAAUGAUUCAACAACAACACCAACACUAACGCUAACAUCACCACCAACAACAGCAUUUACAACAUCAAAUGAACUUGAUCUCAGUAAUACUACUACUACCACUACCACUACCACUACUAUUUCAUCAACUGAUAUAUUAGAUAACACAACCAAAAUAAAAACAUCUGAAACAACUAUUGAAUGUAUAGAUAAAAUAAAUAACAAUGACAACACCAACAUCAACACCAACAUAACCAUCACCAACAUCAACACCAACACCAACAUAACCAUCACCAACACUCAAACAGAGUUAAUAGUUGAAUCAAAUAAGGAAUCUGAACCACCACCACCACCUCUAAAUAAUGAUGAGAAACCAACCACUACACCAACUACACCAAUAAAUAAUCAAUCAAAUGAAAUUAACAAAUUAGAGAAUAAAGAAAAAUUAGAGGAUAAUAUUGUAUCAAAAGAAAAAAUCAUUGUUUCAUCAGAGGAAAGUAUAUUAACUGCAACGGCAACAAUAAAUGAUAAAAUCACUACAGAUGAAAAUAUCACAACCCCAACCACAAUAACAACAGCAUCUGCAACAGCAGAAGAAAAAGAAGAUUCAGAAACAAUUUUAGAAGAAUCAAUAAAACCAAAGGAUCAUAUUAUGGAGGAAACUGAUUCUAAAACAGAUAAUUGUAAUGAUAUAUCAAUGGAAGACGCUAAUAGUAAUAAUAAUAGUAAUAACAAUAAUGAUAAUGAUAAUGAAAAUAAUAAUAAUAAUAAUAAUAAUAAUAAUAAUAAUAAUAAUAAUAAUAAUAAUAAUAAUAAUAAUAAUAAUAAUAAUAAUAAUAAUAAUAAUAAUAAUAAUAAUAAUAAUAAUAAUAAUAAUGAAAAAAGUGAAAAUGAAAAUGAACAAUCGAAACAAGACACAAAAAGUGAAAGUAAUAACGGUACAAAUAAAAUGAAUGGAGUAGAUCAUUCUUUUAUUGAUAAUAAUGAAAAAGAUAAUAGGAAAUUGACAGAAGAGGAAGUUGCAUUAGAGAAUACUGAACAAGAUAUUAAUAUUUGUGAUAAUCAACCACCACAAGAAAAAGAACAAGAAAAAGAAGAAGAAAAAGAGGGAGAAAAAGAAAAAGAAAAAGAAGAAGAAAAAGAAGAAAAAAAGAAAGAGGUUCAAAAAGAAGGCGAAAUUUUAAAUGUAAAAGAAGAGAAUACAGAGGAAAAAACUCUACAACUUGAAAUUAAAAAAAUUCAAGAGGAAAAAGUUUCUAAAAAAAUGGAAACUAUUCAGGAGGAAAUGGUUGAAAAAGAUUUUGAAGAUAUUAUUGAAAAAGAAGAAAAACAAAUACUAACAACUCAACAAGUUUCAAAAGAAAAUGAAAAUGAAAAUGAAAAUGAAAAAGUUGUUGAAUCAAUAAUAAUUAAAAAAGAAAUUGAAAUUGAAAAUGAAAAUGAAAAUGAAAAUAAAAAUAAAAAUGAAAAUGAAACAACUUUUGAAAAAGUAGAUAUAAAUAAAGAAAAUGAAGAAAGUAAAGAAAAUAAAGAAAUUGUAAUUGAAACUGAAAAAUCAAAAGAAAUUGUAAUUGAAAAAGAAGAAACAAAAUUAGAGGUGGAUGUAAAGAAAAAUGAUGUGGAAUCAAUUGCAAAGGAUGAUUCCAAUAAUAUCAAUUCAACGACAAUUCAAGACAAUGAAGAAUUUGAAAUUGUAAUUGCACCACCAUCAACAACAACAACUCCACCACAAAUUUCACAGCGUCAAGAAGAGCCAAUGGUUUUAGAAAAUGAUAAAUCUGAAACUAAUGUAGAUAAUAAUAAUAAUAAUAAUAAUAAUAAUAAUAAUAAUAAUAAUAAUAAUAAUAAUAAUAAUAAUAAUAAUAAUAAUAAUAAUAAUAAUAAUAAUAAUAAUAAUAAUAAUAAUAAUAAUAAUAAUAAUAAUAAUAAUAAUAAUAAUAAUAAUAAUAAUAAUAGUAAUAGCAAUAGUAAUAAUAGUAAUAAUAAAAAUCCUAUAGCUUCAGGUGAUAUGGCAAUUGAGGUAAUGGGAGAAAAAGAGUCAUUAUUAUCAUCAUCAAAUAUCGUUAAUACAAUUGGAGGUGGUAUACCAACACCAAUAGUCGAUACAGAUAUUGUAAUGAAUGGAUGUGAUGAGAAUGAUAUCAUAGAUGUAAUAUUAACAGAAGACGGUCAACAGCAACAAGAACAAUAUGAUUAUCAAAAUUCAACCAUUUUAGUACCAGUAGUUGUAAAUCAAACUCCAACAAUGUCAAAUGAAAUUUUAUAUGUAAAUAGUGAAGUACUAAUUGAAGACCCUCAAAUAACAGCAACAGCAACAGCAACAACAACAACAACUACAACUACAACAACAUCAACACCAAAUUUACAAUCAAAUUUACAAUCAAAUUUACAAUCAAAUUUACAAUCAAAUUUACAAUCAAAUUUACAACAAAAUUUACAACAAAAUUUACAACCAAUUUUACAAACACAACCAAAUCCACAAACUAUACAACAAACUACUUUUAUAUAUCAAUUUUUAAAUAAUAACAAUGGUGGUAAUAAUAAUAAUAAUAUUAAUAAUAAUAAUAAUAAUAAUAAUAAUAAUAAUAAUAAUAAUAAUAAUAAUAAUAAUAAUAAUAAUAAUAAUAAUAAUGAUAAUGGAAAUGGGUUAAAAAGAAAAGGGUAUUUUGAAAUGGAAAGUGUUCAAUCUCAUUUUUCAUUACCAGAAUCAAAUAUUAAUGAACAUGGUAUUCCAACUAAAGUGAUGAGAUAUUAUGAACUACUUGAUGUAUUUAAUGAACUAAGUAAUUUAAUGGCCUACACAAUUCAAAAUAAAGUUCCCUUAAGAAAUUGUAUGCAAUCAUUUUUAACUCACUAUUCGAAACCUGAAAAUAUUCAACAACUACAAUCUGGUAUUAUCCCUAAUAAUUUAAAUAGUAAUAAUAAUAAUAUUGAUAAUAAUUUUAAUAAUAAUUUUAAUAAUAUUGGUAAUAAUAUUAAUAUUAAUAAUAAUAAUAAUAAUUUUAAUAAUAUUGGUAAUAAUAUAAAUAAUAAUAAUAAUAAUAAUAAUAAUAAUAAUAAUAAUAAUAAUAAUAAUAAUAAUAAUAAUAAUAAUAAUAAUAAUAAUAAUAAUUAUAAUAAUUAUAAUAAUAAUAAUAAUAAUAAUAAUAAUAAUAAUUAUAAUAAUAAUAAUAAUAAUAAUAGUAAUAAUAACAUUAAUAAUAAUAGUAAUACAGCGAUACCAACAACAACGACAACACCAGCCCAAACAACUACUACAACUACUACAGCAGCAGCAGCAACACCAAAUUCAUCUAAAAUAACUAAACAACCAUCAUUCCCAGUACCCUCUUCAACAACAACUUCAACUUCAAGUGGUAAUAAAAAAUCAAGUAAAUCUGUACAAAAAUCACAAGAAACCACCACAACAACAACAACAACAAAAGGAACUAGGGGAAAGAGAAAAUCCUCAACUUCUACAACAACAACAACACCAACACAAACACCGACACCGACACCAACACCAACACCAACACCAGCACCAACACCAACACCAACACCAACAACCACUACUGAUUCUUCUGAUACCACUUCAAAUACACCAGCAACCACCACAACUUCAUCAUCAAAAUCAAAAUCAAAAAUCAAAAUCAUCAUCAUCAUCAUCAACAUCAACACAAGAAGAGGUAGAACCUAA